UAGCCGCACAUGGCAGCUCUCAGAAGAAUAAAGUAAUUCUGUGUCUGACAUAUAGUUUGUUUUAAAUAGCCAGUGAAAAUGAUAUAUAAGCCCAAAGAACAACAAACACAGGGACAGACCAUUAGAUAGCCUGGCUACAAGGGUUUAGGAACGUUUGCUUCUGGUCAGAUCAGAACAGAUGGAUCCUGCGGUGUUCAGUGCCCAAGUGAAGCAAGUUGCCCAAGCCAUGAGCUCGAGUCUGACAGACCAUGACAUUGCUCGCAUGCCCAAGGAACUGAGACUCGGAGGUCCAUUUAAUUACCACAAAUUCUUUGAGUAUAUGGCAACAUUCAAGAAAUCCGAGCAACAGGAGGAGAUCAUCCGGAAAGCAUUUGAACAGCUGGACAGGGAUAAGAGUGGUUACAUUGAGUGGAAUGAAAUAAAGUACAUCCUCUCCAUCAGUCCCUCCAAUGUUCCCGUUGUCCCUCUGUCCGAUGAGGAGGCAGAUGCCAUGCUCCAGGCAGCAGACGUGGAUGGAGAUGGAAGAAUUGACUUCAAAGAGUUUCAAGCUAUGAUUAAAGAAGAAAAGACACAAAGGAAGAAGUAAGGCAGUCAGAAUUCCCACAAGGAUCGUGUGAGGCUGAACCAAGCUGCGAAUCCAGGGGCUUCUGCAUUCUACUCACAACCCCUUUCACCCCGGAAAUAGCUAAAGAUGAGACUAAUUCAGCUGAUCGCAAACUGCAUUCUUCUCCUUACACCUGUCACCCCUACCGGGCCGCAGGCCACUGACAACAGCUUGCUAGAGUACUCUGUCCCGGGCCGCAGGUCGAUUGACCCUGUGACUUCCACCUUCACUACCAACUCCGUAUGUUUUCCAGGCGAAGACCCUUCCUCUCCUGGGAAUGAGGACUUCGGAGUUUCUGUUGGUGUUUCUGUAGCUCUAGGUUUUUAUGGGAUGGGGUUGCUAAGCUCUUAGUCAGCUCUCCUCCCUUCGCCACAGGGUUUGGGACCGUCCAUGGUGGAGUUCGAACUGCAUUGGCCUUGACAAAUAAAUAACUACAGCUUCCACAGUUUGAAAGAGGGCGAAAGCUACAUUUGGGUCUCAUCAAUACAGCCACCCUAUACCAUGGUCUGCAGUUAAUCUUUAAGUUGGAAAACCCAGGGAAGUGAUUAUUCGUUCAGAAGUUGGUUAACUGGGGAUUUAAAACUGUACAGCAAUGCAGGCAGUUGGAAUAUGAUUGAGUGGCAGUGAAGCCACUGGAAUGUGCUUUGUGAAUACAUAGACCAUAGUACUGCAUUACCACUAGUUUUCUGCUCUGCCAUCUCCUCCAAGGUACACCUGUGGGCUUGUGUGUCCGAGGUAGGAGGAGGACAACCUCCUCAAUACAACCUCCAAUAGUCCUGCCACCUUUGAAAGAGCCCAUCACGCAUCGAAUUCUUGCAUCGACAACUUGUGGCGACGACUUUCGAAGACACCUCUUUAUCUUGUGUUUGAAUAAAGCAGUGUUGUUUGGUGCAGGUGUCAAGUGAAGUCUUGGUGAGAGGGACAUAAACGCUCGGAGCAGGAGUUCCCAACCUGGGGCCCACAGACCUCUUGGUUAAUGGUAGGGGUCCAUGGCAUAAAAAAGGUUGGGAAUCCAUGACUCAGAAGCAGUUUAGCUGUAGCAUGUCUCCAUAGCAAUGUUUCAAUUUAAUAUCAAAGAAUGUAUAUAGUAUACAACCUGAAAUUCUUACUCUUCACAGACAUCCACGAAACAGAAGAAAACUCCCAAAGACUAAAUGGUGGAAAACAUUAAAACCCCCUCCCAUGCAAAAAGAGCAGCAAAAGAAUCAACCCAUCCCACUUCCCACUUGCUCCAACAAAAGUAUUGACCCCCUCCACUCACCAAGCAAGCAGCCCCCCAGAAACCAUAAUCUAGAGUCCAUCAAGAACUCUAGAUGCUCAUCUCAACAGCUCGACGUCUUAAACAAGCUCUCUCCAUCUCACUAGUGAGGGAGAGAGACAUAUCACUCCUGCAGCAGACAAGAGGGAGACGAGCAGCUCGCUGUUCCAAUGUUUCAAUCCGCAGUUUUGCUUAUUUGAGUUCCUCUGACUCGAGGGCUAGCAGACACUCACUCAUCAUCGAGGGAGGGAGAGAGAGAGGUGGCUCGAGUGCAGGGGCCUUCCAGCAGCCAGGCACACUGCCUGCUGUCUGGAUGUUUCAAUCUCCCGCAAGGCUUCAGUCGGUGACGUCAGCGAGGAAUAGGGUUGUCCACAGGGCCACACCCUGAAGACGCUCGUCUUCCAGGCCGCUCCUGGAGAUAUCAAAACGCCUGGCCAAUCAGCGAGUUCUGAGCACAAGAACACACCAUCCAGGAAGAACAAUAGUUUGUAGAUCAUAGAUUCCAACAGGACCCCUGCCUUGAAAAGAAAAAGAAGAGAUGUAAUGCUCAGGGCAUUACAGAGACAUGAGAAAAGAAGGAAUUCAAUUGUUUCAUGAUGAACUGGAAGAAGUUGCUCAGAUCCUCAAAAACUCUGGCACUAUCUUUAUUUAACAGCACAAAUGGAUUAUAAUGUAAUUAAUGGAUUAGGGGUCACUGCAUUCCACUGGCUACAUUGGUUAGAGUGCAGUCAUGAUCAGGAAACCUCUCUAAGUUGAAGAGAUUCUGUAGAUGCUGGAAAUCCAGAGUAACACAUCAGAGACGCAGGAGGGACUGAGCAGGUCAGGCAGCAUCGAACAGUAACAAGCAGUCGAUGUUUCUGGCCAGGACGUUCCAUCGGGACAUGAAAGGAAGGGAGAAAGAAGCUGGAGAAAGAAGGCGGGGAGGGGA